CCGGGCCGGCCGCCCGCGGCGCUCGGUGCCGGCUGGGCGCGCAGGGGGCGGGGGCCGCGGCUCGCCCCCCGCCGAUGAGCCGCCGCGGAGCGCGGGCGGACGAUGGAACUCCACAUUCUGGAGCACCGGCUGCAAGUUGCCAGCGUCGCCAAGGAGAGCAUCCCGCUCUUCACCUACGGCCUGAUCAAACUUGCCUUCCUGUCCUCCAAGACCAGGUGCAAGUUCUUCAGUCUGACUGAGACGCCGGAGGAUUACACCAUCAUUGUUGAUGAGGAGGGGUUCCUGGAGCUGCCCUCCUCGGAGCACCUGAGCGUGGCGGACGCCACCUGGCUGGCCCUGAACGUGGUGUCAGGCGGGGGCAGCUUCUCCAGCUCGCAGCCCAUCGGUGUGACCAAGAUAGCCAAGUCGGUCAUCGCCCCACUGGCCGACCAGAACAUCUCCGUGUUCAUGCUGUCCACCUACCAGACGGACUUCAUCCUGGUGCGCGAACGGGACCUGCCCUUUGUCACUCACACCUUGUCAUCAGAGUUCACCAUCCUGCGGGUCGUCAAUGGCGAGACGGUAGCAGCUGAGAACCUCGGCAUCACCAAUGGCUUCGUGAAGCCCAAGAUGGUCCAGAGGCCUGUCAUCCACCCUCUGUCCAGCCCAAGCAACAGGUUCUGUGUCACCAGCCUGGACCCUGACACGCUUCCUGCGGUCGCCACACUUCUCAUGGACGUCAUGUUCUACUCCAACGGAGUGAAAGACCCCAUGGCUGCCGGGGAGGACUGUGGCCAUAUCCGCUUCUUCUCCUUCUCCCUCAUUGAGGGCUACAUCUCCCUGGUGAUGGACGUGCAGACCCAGCAGAGGUUCCCUAGUAAUUUGUUGUUCACCAGCGCAUCUGGAGAGCUCUGGAAGAUGGUGCGGAUCGGAGGACAGCCCCUGGGAUUUGAUGAGUGUGGCAUCGUGGCCCAGAUCUCCGAGCCCCUAGCUGCUGCGGACAUCCCCGCCUACUACAUCAGUACCUUCAAGUUCGACCACGCGCUGGUGCCCGAGGAGAACAUCAGUGCCGUCAUCAGCGCCCUGAAAGUCAGCCAAGCAGAGAAGCAUUAGGAGGGCCUCUUCUGCUCCUCCCUGUCUGCCCCCCCAGGCCUGGGCCCAGCCCCUACCCUGAAGAUUCUUCUCGCAGUAUUUCUCACAGACUGGAAAAUCGGUCCCAGGGUCCCCCAAGAAGGGGCCUCUGGGAGACACCCCCGAUUGCUUUCCCUGCCAGGCCCGGGGCCCAAGCCAAGACCUCCCCGUGCCCUCCUGCCUUCCUGGAGCCCCCAGACCCUCCAGAGAACCCCUAACCUCCUCCUCCCCCCACUCCUACUCCAGAAAACGGUGUCCGAGGCCCAGGGAGUUCACAAGCCCACCCACCUUCCCACCUGGCCUUGCCUACAGCUGGGGGCAGAUGCUGAAGGAAGCAGGGGCCUCCUACGAGACAAUGGGGUUCUGAUCCUCACGUCAUCUUGGGGAGGGAGCUGGCCGAGUGGGGCUGAGUUCACGGAGCCAGGGGAGGCCCCCGUGAGGACCUGGGGCUGGAUGUUGCGGUCGCUGGUCUCUGGAUCCAUCAGCUCCGGGCUGGUUCCCGCAGAGUGGAGGCCAGCGGGCGGCCCUUGGGUCACGGGCUGGGGCAGCUCUGACAAGCCUGGGUGGGGCCCCCGAGCUGGGGAGGACCCGCGCCACCCAGAAUUCCGCCUGCCGUCCAGAGGGCUUCUGCCCCGACUCCCAGCAAGACUGCCAAGGAGGCCCUGUCCAGACCCUCCCCACCGUAAGCACUCACGCCUGGGGGCGGUUCCCAGGAGACCCACCAGCCUGGGGCACGAGCGCCUGUCCCCUGUUGCUUUCUCCGGACCCUACUUGGGCGAGGCAGAGCCUUGGUUUUCCCCAAGCAGGGGCAUCCCCAGCAAUCUGGACCUGGGGUUUCUUGGGUCACCCCCACUCCCCAGCAGUUGACUAGACCAGCACAGGGUUCCCCCGUUAUCCUGCUCCCCUCCCCUGCCCCACUUUUGGGGGACGUGGAAGGCCUCUGGCCCCCAACUCACCUGCCUGCCUGCCCCUCAGCUGGGGGACUGUGGCACUCAUGAGUACUUGACCUGGGGGGCAGCUUAUCUGAGCCUUAAUAGAGAAACUGUACCGUACGUUUUAGUUUCUUAUUUAAUAUAUUUGCGCCCAGGCUGCAGUUUUCAGGGGACGGGGCCUGCUGAGUUCUUUCGGGGGGCCCAGAGGCUCAGCGUCACUCGGCUGGUGCCCUGUGGCUCCAGGGACAGGCACGAGAAUCGGGAGGUGUCCCAGGAGCGUUGGCCCUCUCUUUGGAGCAGGAAGCUGGCCGCAGAGGUCUGUUGCAAGAUCAGGGUCCCCGCCGGGGCACCCCACACGGAGCUGCGCACGCAGCCCCACUGACAGGUGCCCAGGGAGCCGUGGUCCUGUCUGAGCAUCAGAGGGGACCCAAAGGCCACAGGGUGGUGGGCAGUCAGGUGGCAGGCCAGCUGAGGUGGCCUCGUACCCCUGGAGGCUGGCCAGGGAGAAUGGGGUGAGCCCCCCGUGCCUCCCCUCCCACCGGGGGUGCCUCCCAAGCGAGCUGGACCAGAGGGUCUGCUGAGGCUCCCGCCCUCCCUGAUGCUCCUUCUCGGGCAGCAUGGCUGACUUCGGCGCCGUUCCUGAGAAGCUCAGAGGAGAGAGGACGUUCCCUUAGGCCAAGGGCUUGUGUGGGCCCCACUCCCCACCUUCUCCCAGCGUUGGGGGACCCCCUGAGCCCGGGCAGCCCACCACGGAAGAGCCGUGGGUCUGGAUCCUUGAAGAUGCUCAGGGCCCAAGCACUGAUUAGGAACCCACUUCUUUUUUCUUUUUUUUUUUUUUUUAAGUUAAUUCAUUUUGCACAAAGCUCCAAAACAACCAAAACGUGCCCACUGUUUGCCGUCUCCAAAACGGGGGCGCACGAGCGGGCAGGGAGGGACCCGAAGCCCUGAGUCCCCUUUCUCUCUCCUUGGAAGGCCUUGAUUUUCCGUGGCGCGCCUCUCCAGACUCCCUCCUGUCAGGUCCCCUGAUGGUGUCACCUCUCCGCCUUCCCUCCCUGCCGAGCAAGUGUGUCGGCGCCGUGACCCCAGAAACGUGUGCUACCCAGCCCCCCCCCCCCGAGAACGUAUCUAUUGUACACACCUAUAAAUACCUGUGUUUUAUGUUGAUAUAGAUAUAUACUGUAAAUAGCA